AUUGGACUAUGAAUAUAGUUAGCUGCACCAAUAUCUUAUAUCUUAGACAAAGCUAGCUAGUUCAAUAUUUAUACUGUACGUACCCGGUACCUAGCCAAUCCUUGAAAGUAGAUACCAGUAUCUGUCGUAUUUGUGUAGACACUAAGUCGCAGUGUGAUCGUGGAUAUAAACGGUGAUAUGAGCUCCACUCCUGAACGAAGAGACAGCUCGAGCUCUGUCGCUUCCCUGCAGUCAGUCAAAAACCUGGUGUUUGGAUCUUCAAGGCGAUACAGUCGGGCCUAUGACCAACCUAUAGUACAGAGCACUCUUAAAGGACCCAAAGUUCGUGUGGAAAUGGAAGAUGGAACAACUAUUGAUCCUCUGGCCAACUCAAGGUCUGGCAUGGUUCUAAAUCCUGAAGCUGCUGCUUUUGGAAGUUUAGUUGCCAAAGUUUGUGUUGGUGUGCUAUCGGCUUUUGCUCUCGGUGUGAGUUUGGUUAACAAGACAACUUUGAUGGCUGCGUCUCAACUUUUCGGAUUUAUGUUCAUGUUUGUGGUUAUAUUUGCUGUGAGUGUUGGUCUCUAUCUCUGGUGGAGUACGUCCAAUCGAGAAACAGUUCCCUUGACAAUCAAGAGCCUCUCGUACCUCUACAUGUCAAGCAUACUCAGCAGUUUGGUUUCUCAGGUUCUUUCUUCGUACGCGGCCAUUCCGAUUGCAAGUAGUCUACCACAAGAAGCCUCGUAUUUCGUAUUCCUUUCAACGAUGCUUUUCAUUUCAGUCUCUUUACUCGUUCACAGGGACAGCCUGAACGGAAUGUUCUCUCAAGAAGCGUGCAUUUUUGUCGGUCUUAGCCUUGUAUUGGACUUUAUUGCCAUGUGCUUGUUUGGUGAUAUCCUACCUGCUCUGAUUUACACCAAGUUAGCACCGUGCAGUAUGCUGAUGGGGGCGUCUCUGUCAUUAGCUGGAAACAUAUUUCCUAACUUGUCACCUAGUGCCAUGUACAGAGUGUUAAGGCAGUCACAAGUGCAGCAGCAGCAGAGACCUGCCAGUUCUGUUGGCUAUCUGGGAAGGCCAAAAAGAGCAUCGGAGAUGUCAAUGGAUAGCAGUUUGUUUCCACGGACAUCAGUCUCAUCGGCGUCAAGCUACCCCUUCUCAAAUCAGACAUCAAAUGAAAGCGAGCUAAUCACUGAAGCUCAUGGGGUAAUAAGUGAUCUACUGCUCACCAAGGAGAGCCUAAACAAGGAUGUGCAGACUAAACUGAAGAGAGUUGUGGAGCUGUUGAAUCCUAAACUGGAGAGAAUGAAGACAAAAAAAGUAUAUGUUGGGGAUCAUAUUGGCUACGAUCGCCAUGAUUACGAGUAUGAUAUCCACACCCCUGCUAAAUCGGACAUGUCAUCGGGGCAGAACAGCUCUAACCGGCUCUCCGUGGUGGGCCGAGUGCCAGUGAAGAAGCGGAGCAGCUCAAGUGCCUACCAGCAUCAGACCUUCUCUGUGGCCACCUAUGCCUCAGGCAUGCCCGUACUGGACUCUGAACCUGUCGACAGAAAGAGAAGCAUUGCUCUAAGAGAGGUACGUGCGAGGAUCUCAGUGGCAGAGAAGAAACACUCUGUUCAUAAGAUGGGUCGUGAGCGUCUGGGCUCUUUGGACCGAAUCACCAAAUCCCCUCGUACCUCAAGCCCCGCCCACUCCCCCUUCUCCCACUCUCCCCUCUCUCGCUCGUACUCCUCCUCAACUGAAAUCAAAUCAGACGGAGAACUGAGCACGGACGGAGUUGGUGAUUUGUUGUCUGCUCCCUCGCCCCGCACGUCUCUGGAGGGGCGUCAACCUGUGGCCUCGCCCCCUGAGAGUCCGUCAUGGUCAGUGGGUGGGGCCAAGGUCGGCUGCUCCAGUGAUGGAGGGAGUACUCUGGACAUCAUAUCAGAGGAAGGAUUUUCUAGACCAAGGAGUCAAACUGCUCCGAUCAUUGUUUUCCCGAGUCCUCUGUCUGGUCAGAUAGAGACAACAGAGGAGGAAACGGACACGCUCCAGUCCCCACUGUGGGCUGGCAGAGGUGGCAGACCAACUAGUGGCUAUACUGUCUUCUCUAAGUUUGUGCAGCCGACAGUGUAUGACAUAUCAGAGUACAGCAAUAGCCAUCUGGCCGUAUUUGAGCAGGUGGGGGCUUGGGACUUCCCCAUCUUUGAGUUAGAGGAGAAAACCGGAGGUCGUGUCCUCAGUCAGAUGGCGUACGUGCUGUUCCAAGAGAGUGGUCUAAUGGAGACCUUCAAGAUUCCACAGAGAGAGUUCAUCAACUUCUUCAGAGUGCUCGAAGCCAACUACGGCAGUAAUGUCUACCAUAACAAGACUCAUGCAGCCGACGUUCUUCAUGGCGUCUCUUACCUCAUGUUUGAGAUGAUCCCGGGAUUCUCCCAUGCUUUCUCAGGCGGAACAGAGAGAGAGUGGAAGGCCCCUAGUCACGGGAAGGGACUCGGUGGGAAUAUAGCAUCAGCAUUCUCCAUUCUUGAAGUGUUUGCUGCCUACAUGGCAGCUGCUAUGCACGAUUUUGACCACCCAGGCAGAACCAAUGCUUUCCUUGUCGCCACAAGAUCACCACUGGCCAUCUUAUACAACGAUCGCUCAGUCCUCGAGAACCACCAUGCUGCGGCCAGUUGGGACCUCCUCACCUGUGUACCCGCCCACAACUUCCUGGACGCACUGGACGAGGCGGAGUUGAAGAGGUUCAGGUUCCUCGUUGUCGAGGCCAUCCUCGCUACAGACCUAAAGAUGCACUUUGAGAUUCUGGCUAACUUCAAAGCCAAGACGCACCCUGAAGACGGGGAGGGCAUUGACUGGAUGUCGGAGAUGGACCGCCUCAUGGUCAUGAAGAUUAUCAUCAAAAUGGCCGACAUCAACACACCCACUAAAAGCUUUGACCUGCACAGAAGUUGGACCGAAAGAAUCACAGAGGAAUUUUACCAACAGUCAGAAGAGGAAAUGAACCUUGGUCUACCGCCCACCAUAUUUAUGGAUCGUAACCACCCAGAGAAACUUCCCGCGAUACAGCUGUCGUUUAUCCAGCAUCUUGUGUCACCAUUGUUUCAGGGCGCAGCUGCAGCUGGCAUCAUGCCUGGUAUCCUGGAGACAACUGUACUGAACAAGGUUGAUGAAGACCUGGAAGAUUCUGAGCUGGCCAUUGAGCAAAAGGAGGAGGGGCUUGACCUCGGAGACGACGCCUUCACCAUGCAAGAGGAUGACUCACCACAUCAGAAGUUCAUGAGCAUCCUACUCACCAACCUGGACAUCAACUAUGAUGGGUGGAGGGCGGAGCUUCCCUCCGAGGAGGGAGAGAAUGAAGGCAACAAAGAGGAGCAAGAGAAGGCUAAAGAUGCUGACUCGGCAGUAAAUGAGGACGAUGAUGUAGCAAUCCCUGCAGCUGUAUCUUCCGAGGACUCUGUAACUAAUAGCAACCAGUAGCGUACAUUUCCACCCAUCUCUGUUUAUUGUCAAUCACGCACUAAUUUAUUCACACUCUGCACGCCAUACUCUUGUUAUUCAUAAUAUAGUGAAACUAGUUUUGUGCUAUUUUUAAGCCAAGAAUUAGUUAUUUUUUUCUGUGAAUUAUUUUGUCACUAUAUGUAUUAUGUGUUAUAUAUAGUUAUAACAGUUGCAAACGUGUUUCCUAGUAACAUUCAUUUUUGCAUGCCGAUGAUGCUGAUGAUGCAUAUAUUGAUUUUAUUUUUAUCAUGGAUAUAAUUAUAUGAUGGUCAAACCACGUUGUUCAAACUCAA